AUGGAUAAUGAUAUAUUUGCUAAUACUCAUAGACAUGGUAAUAGAAUAUUAUAAAUGGAAAUAGUUCAAGUUAAAUAAAAGCAGGGUUUGCAGGAGAUGAUAAAAAAAUGUGAUAUUCAAUUCAUAGGAAAUAAUUUGAAAAAUAAUUAAGCAUUGGGAGGUCAAAAUAUAUGGCAUUAAUUGAAGCAACUAAAUGUUAAAAAAUAUAUGUAGAAAAUUAAAUAGCGCAUUAUACUAGAGAAAUGAUGAAAAUAAAAUAUCCAUAUCAAAUGGAAGUAAUAAAUAAUCUGAAUGAUAUGGAUUAAAUAUGAAAACACACAUUCUAAGAAUUCACAAAAACUAUAUAUUAGAAAUUAAUAUUGUAAGGCAGAAUUCGAAAUUAUCAAGAAGAUCAAAGAGAAAAGUUGUUUUUUAAAUCUAGCUAU